AAACUGAGAGGGAGGAGUAAUGCCAGCAAAUAUAAGCAGCAAAAGACGGAGACCAGUGCAGAUUAAAGACAGACUCUCUCAGCUAAAAGGAACAUGGGGUCUGGUAACAUCAGUUCGGCUGAAAAUCCAUCAUCUGGACUGGAAGCAGCUUCCAGACACAUACAAACAGCCUCCAUUGUCAUCUACUGUGUGAUUUUUAUAGUUGGAACUCUGGGCAAUGCUCUGGUUAUCUACGUGACGGGCUUCAAAAUGAAGAAAACAGUGGAAACAGUUUGGUUUCUCAACCUGGCCAUAACUGACUUCCUCUUCACGGCCUUCCUGAUUUUGUCAAUCAUUUCUCUCUCUCAGAGUCACCAAUGGCCUUUUGGACAAUUCAUAUGCCAGCUCAACACCUUUGUGAGUGUAGUCAACAUGUUUGCCAGUAUCUUCACUCUGACAGCCAUGAGUUUGGAUCGUUGUUUGUCCAUCUGGGUGGUGGUGUGGGCACACAACAAGCGCACAGUCUGCAAAGCUCGGCUCAUAUGUGUUGGUAUCUGGAUGAUUGCUGCGGUCUGCAGCACUCCUUAUGCCACUUUUCGCACUCUUGUGGAGAAUCAUGGGGCACAUUACUGUGGUUAUUCUAUGACACCUGAACAGAAAUGGAGUCUCCACAUUUUUCGCUUUCUUAUGGGCUUUGUGAUCCCAUUCCUGGUCAUAUUUGUGUCUUAUGUGGCCAUAGACUUGCGUACAAUGCGCAUGUCAAAAACAAGGCGACAGAGAUCUCGCCGAAUCAUUUUCUCCAUCAUUUUUGAAUUCUUCUUCUGCUGGUUGCCCCUCCAUGUUUUCAAUUUUAUAGAAAUAAAGGCUGCGAAUAAUCCAGACCUCUGGACCAUUGUUAGAAUCAUGGGUUCUCUGACUGUGAGUCUGGCUUUUCAGAACAGCUGCCUGAACCCCAUCCUCUAUGUUUUCAUGUGUGAAGAAUUCAUGAAGAAGCUUCGACAGUCCAUAUGCUUUGUACUUGAGAGUGCUCUGGCAGAGGACCAUGUGUCAUUUUUGUCCACUCGCUCCAUGUCAACCUUUUCCAGUGCCGCCCAAAAGUCAGACGCUGCUUGUCAAGAGAUUUAUUCUAAAGACACUUCUUCAGCUAAGAGUCUAAGGGUAGAAACACACACAGACGCUGUGUUUUUCACUUGUACCUCCCCUGUAGCCUCCACUAAAAGCUGUGAGAACAGUGUCAGCAUCGAGGGCAAAAACUGA